AUGCAGGGUGAUCUGAAUGACAGUCCGAGACAGUCCGAAAGUCGACCUGCACGUUCGGAAGUAGCAAAGAUUACAGCGUGUAUACCAUUCGCUGAUCACAGCCCGAGAGGUGCUCAUGAUGAACAGAAGUUGACAGCUUCCCUCUCAACCCAGGCGAAUGAGAAACGGAGUGUCUCAAGAGUAGAAUUUAUCCUCGGUCUGGAUACCCAGGAAUGGGAGAAUGGCGAGAGCAUUCAGCAUCACAUGGGCCAGUACUUACCAGCUGAACUAGAGUUUCAGGGACAAGGCACAGAGUGCAUCAGCGCAAAGCCAUCGCCAUUUGCCGGGAGUUGA